UCACCCGUAGGUGGCAGUAACGCAUAGCUUCCAUAUUUCCUAUCAAAACAAACAGGUUUGAUGCUGCUGAAAGGUUCUACACUCAUACUAUACGUUAGCUUAUUAAAAUGUGUACAUUUAUCAAAAUGUGAUUCUUUUUUACCACCGCGUCAAGCCAACAGCCGUCCGGAUAUGGCUGAAAUACCUGUUCGAGGACAGUGGGACUGAUAAUGCCUUAACGUCUCCAGCUUCCUCUGCUGUGUCCGUGGAGCCCAGAACAAGAUGCUGCUGAAGAUGCCGAAGAAGCUGCUGAAAACUGCCCACUACAUAGAGCUGGGCAGCUACCAGCACUGGCCGGUGCUGCUGCCGCACAGGAUUCGGUUGUACACCUACGAACAAAUCCCUCUCUUCCUCAAAGAAAACCCCUACAUCACAGACGGCUACAGGGCACACCUGACCUCCAAACUCUGUCUGAAGAGUAUAUUUAUUCUAUCCAAUGAGACUGUGAAUAUCUGGAGCCACCUUCUGGGUUUUCUCCUUUUUUUCUCUCUUGGGGUCAAUGACCUCUCCUCAGUUCUACCAGCCGCUGGAGCAAACAGAGAAGACUACGUCAUCUAUGCUAUAGGACUCUUCUGCUUCCAGGUCUGCAUGCUGUGUUCAGUGGGAUACCACCUGUUCUCAUGCCACCGCCUGGAAAAGACGUGCCGCCGCUGGCUGGCGCUGGACUACGCCGGCAUUUCCAUCGGGAUCCUGGGCUGCUACGUUCCUGGGAUCUUCUACGCUUUCUACUGUAAUGCUUUUUGGCGACAGGUCUACCUGCUGACGGUGCUCUCCUUGAUCCUGGCCAUCUUCUGCGCUCAGGUUCACCCUCGUUACCUCAGCAACGACUGGAAAAUGAUCAGGAUGACAAUCUUCUGCUGCGUGGCGGGCGUCGGUGUGAUUCCUGCCUGCCACUGGAUCUGGCUGAGUGAAGGGUUCGCAUCGGAGAUUGUGCAGCUGUUUCUGCCUCGUGUGAUUGUAAUGUACCUGAUAGCUGGGUCUGCGUUCCUGUUCUAUGCCACCAAAAUUCCUGAGCGAUAUUUUCCUGGUCAGGUGAACUACAUCGGCGCCAGCCACCAGCUGUGGCACGUACUGGUGGUGGUGAUGUUUUACUGGUGGCACCAGACGGCUGUAAACAUCAUGGACUUCAGACACAGCCGGCCCUGUCUCAGCCGGACCGGCGGCAGAUAAGUGAACCUCACAUUACAUUAAAACAACCUUCAGUUGUUGCCUUCGCCUUUUCUUGCUGUGAGUGCGAGACGCCUGUUGAUGCUGAGUGGUAGACAUUGACCAAUAUUAAAAGCUCUUAGAGUUUUAUGACUGUGGCAUUGCAAAGUAAGUGAUGGCACCUUCUGUUUUCACAGCAGCGAACAUAAAAUUGACUAUUAGAUCAAUGCAUGGAGCUGAAAUGUUUGAACUUUGAUGUUUUUAAGUGACAUCAUAUUUUGCAUUUGAUUAGAUUUUGUCUGUUUUUUGUGCAGAAGUAUUUACAGAGUGGAUUAUUUGAAUCAAAUGUAACUGCCUGCAUGAAUUCUGCCUUCUUUUGCCUGCAUUUUUUAACUCUUAUGUACUUCUUAUGUUUUUAUAAGAACUUUGGGAGGAAAAAUAGAAAUAUUGGUUUGACAUCUGAACAGAAUUUUUUUUUAUCUCUAUCUUUGCCAUUCACAUACACAAUAUUUUACCUCUAAACCUUAUUUUAUGUCUAAUUUAACUGCAGUUGUCCCGUUCUGGUCUGAAUCAACUGGAGCUAUUUUUUUUGUGAAUUGAUAACAAAGACUGUGACAUUUCACACAACUCAUUCCAUAUUCUAAAUGAGACCUUUCUCUGGUGAAGAUGUUAAAAAAAUAAUGACAUCGUUCCAGACUGUUCUACUAUUUUGCUUCCAUUUCUAAAAAAUAAAAAGGCCUCAAUUCCCAUGGGUUAAAGAUUUUCAGCUAAACUGCUGAAAUACCCAUAAAGUGCCAGUAGGUGGCGAUAACAUUAACAAUAUGUGAGAGUAUCUGUUUCAAUUUAAGUAUUAAAGUUUUUACCUAUUCGCUUGUUGUGAGAAACUUGCGAUCACAAAUGUCUGCUCCUAGUGAGAGCAGAAAUUAAUUUUAUCAGUGAAGCAUGGAUGCACAUGUCCUCUUCAAAUGUCAAAAAUGUGGGGAUUUUUUUUUUUUUUUUCUUUUGUUGUGAGUCUCGUAUUUUCCCUGUGGAAAAACAAAUUAUGUGUGACGGCAUUAUAUCUGAAAGCAUUGUUUUAGUUGCUGUUCUUGUUUUUAUUCUUAGUCCUACCUCCUUAGGCUAAAUCAUGAGCAACAGAAUCAAUCACAGAGCAGAACGAUCACCGAUAAUCAAACCAGACUGAUGCUGUAAUUUUUGCUUAACGUUUUUUUUUUUUUUUUUUCUUUUCACAAUUCAGCUGUAACCUAAU